GGUGCUGGAAAUUCAUCAUGGCUCAAGAGCACCAUCCAAAGACCCUCCAAACUUUUAAUGACAUUGCAGCAGUGAAACCACCAUGCCCAAGCUCCUCCUCCUUCAAGAUCAAAACCAUAGUGCAAGCCUACGUUCUUCGGCAUGUAAGCCAUGUGGUCCAAGCUCUAAGCAAUGCAACAUCCAUGGUCAUGGAGCUCCUCAAAAGGAAAAGCACCACCACCAUCACCAACUAUAGCAUCAGGCUAAGGAAAAAGAAUAAGAAGAAGAAGCAACUCUUCAGCUCAUUUAGAAUGCACUACAACUGGUGUUCAUCUUAUGUGACACCCAUGCCUCAACCCUUUGAAGCCUCCUUUGACAUGAAUCAUGCUGCCUACUAUGACUCUACAUGGAACUCAGUUAUCAUCACUGAUCCGGAUGCCAAUCAAGCUGACAUCAUGGAUCAGCAUCAGCAGCAGCAGCAGCAACUUUCUGGCUACCUUAACUGGCUUGAGGAAAAGAGCUGUGAGCCUUUAGAUCAAGCCGAAGACGAUGCUGCAAGUGAGAUCGACCGGCUGGCUGAGACAUUCAUUGCUAGAUGCCAUGAAAAGUUCAGGUUGGAGAAGCAGGAGUCUUACAGAAGGUAUCAAGAGAUGCUUGACAGAAGUGUGUGAGUAGCCAGUCUACUUUAAUUAGUAAUUAUUUGUGUGAGGGAAUUGUUAGCUUUUUACUAAUUAAGAGUGGUGCACCAAUGUGUUGUACUUCUUAUUUCUUCUUGUUUCUUCAUCCCUGGCCUCUUCUUUUCCUAGCUACUUAUUUCAUGAUGUUGAGUGCUAUUGAUGUUGAUUGUUGGAUAACCUGAUUACUGAUCUGUCUCAUCAAGUGAUCAUGAUCCAAAUUAAUUCCAGCACUGCCUAAAUUAAACUUCAUCGA